AUGAGGAAAUUGGUAUUAUCUCUGGCAGUUUUGGGAUUCAUAUCCCUAGCUAUAGGCCACGGUAAUCCCCCUUGGGAGCAGCCCACCGCUCCGGUGAAGAAGGUAGUGGCGGUUCCUGUGCCUGUGCCUGUACCAGUUCCUGUUCCAGUUCCCAGUCCUGGUUCAGGCGAUGGCAAGCAUGGAGGAGGCGGAGGAGGAGGAGGCGGUGGAGGUGGCGGCGGAGGUGGCGGAGGAGGAGGCGGAGGAGGAGGCGGAGGAGGAGGCGGAGGUACUUGCCCGCGACCUUCGGCUGAGACUUUAAGGUGCCUCCGGGAGUGGGCCUGUCAGUACGUCAUCCGCCUGGAUCUGCGCUGCCUGCUCACCUUAAAUGGCAACCCAUUGCUGGGCAAUCUCAUUUCCCUACCCGGCAUCACCGGAGGAGGCGCUGGCAAUGGCGGCGGUGGUGGUGGCAUCUUGGGCAAUCUCCUGGGUUAG